CUCGAAAUGAUAAGAUCUCGUGAAUGUUGUGGCUUGAAUACACUUUGAAUAUUACAUCAAUAGUGAUAAUACAUCAUCAGAUUUACUACAAUUAAUUUUUACAAGAAUUGCAUAUUUGAGUAACAAAACUUGUGGCAGACAACUUUAAUUAACAACAAGGUAUCUAAAGUAAAAACUAAUAUGGCAUUUCGAAAAUUGCUACUAAGUGGCAGUUUAACAUUCAUAGUCAUGACAGCUUUUGUUACCGCUGAAAUCAAUUUACCGAGUAUAAUACCAGAACAUUAUAACAUCAAGCUUAAAACAUAUAUCGACGAUAAUAAAUUCUACGGCGAAUGCAAUGUUAGUAUCAAUAUUCAUCUAAUAACGCAGAACAUAAAUUUGUAUGUGGGAGGACUAUGCAUAAUUGACAUAAUCCUAAUUAAAUAUUUUGAAGUAUAUGAUAAAGACGAGGGAGAAAUUAAAAUUCUUAAACCAACAUAUUUCUGUAUUGAUAAAACGCAUGCCAGCCUUGAUUUUACGGAAGCAUUACGGGGAAAUUAUAUCUUAAAUAUGAGAUUUAUAGGUACUCUAGCUGAUAAUAGAGGAAUUAAAACAUUCUACAAAGGACGUGAAAAUGCAACAUGGUGGCCUGCAAUACAUUCCAAGACAUCUUAUGUGCAACAAAUAUUUCCAUGCUUGGACGAUUUGACACUUAAAUCCACCUAUAAUAUUUCUAUAAUGCACCAUAAAGAUUACGAUGUUUCGUCGAAUAUGCCACAGCUUAAAGUGGAUGCAGAUGAAGAGCACGGCAUGGUGUGGACACAUUUUGAUACCACACCUCCAAUGCCGACUUAUCUGGUUGCGGCAAUUAUGACUAAUAAAUCAGAAUUUUCUAAACAGAAACUUGGAAUUGAUGAUAUCAUAGCACAAUAUAGAUCAGACAGUUUUGGUUUGUGGUAUGCACAGAGUAUCAUAGAAGAUAUCAUGCUGUUUUUAAACCGUGAAUGGAAAAAUGUAAAAAUAAUCUCGGAGGUAAAUAAUGUUGCAAUUCCGAAUUACAAGGAUAAUGGCGUGACAAAUCUGGGACUUAUUUUUUAUAGAGAAUCAGAUAUGAUAUAUGAUGAAAAUAUAGAUCCAAUUGGGGUGAAAGUCAAAGUGGAGCGUGUAAUAGGAUAUAAAGUAAUGCAAGAAUGGUUUCAUAAUAUAUUCCAAACCUCUUGGUGUUCUACUCCAUGGUUGCAUGAAGCUUUCAUUACAUUCAUGGGAGCAUAUGCUAUGGAUAAGGCUUUUCCAGAGGCUCGGAUGAUGGAUUUGUUUGUCGUUCAAAUUCAACAUGAAGUUUUGCACUGGGAUGUUGAUUUUCAGUCUUCUACGUCACAAGCCAUCUUUUCUGAAAUAAUCUCUUAUUUCAAAGCAUCCAUUAUGUUGCGUAUGGUGAAACAUGCUGUUGAACAGUUAUUUUGGGACAGUAUGCGCUUAUGUAUAUAUGAUCAUGAUUAUGAAUUUGUUUAUCCUCACGAUUACUGGACAGCUUUGAAAAAUGUCUAUCUUCAGAAUUAUUAUUACGGAACACAAGAAGAAAAUAAUGCUCUAAUUAACAUACAAGAAUUGAAAACUUGGAUGAACCAAAAGCAUUAUCCUGUAAUAUAUAUGAUACGAAAAUAUGAUCAAUCACAGAUUUCAACGUAUAAUAUAAUAAUAAAUAGUAUCAAUGUAACAAAUAAUUUGAGUAUACCUUUGACUUAUACUACGCAGAGACAAUUAAAUUUUAAUACAUCGUCUCCUACUUUUUUAUUUUACGAAAAAGGUGUUGACCAAUCAAAUAAACAUUUUCUGAAGAUCCCAGAUCUCACAAACGAUCAAUGGAUAAUAUUUAAUUUACAACAAACUGGAUAUUAUCGCGUGAAUUAUGAUUCUCAAAAUUGGGAAUUAAUAACAAUGUAUUUAUAUUCGGAUAAAUACACAAAUAUACACGUUCUCAAUCGUGCCCAACUUGUCGAUGAUGCUUUUCACUUAUUGUUAUCACAUCAAAUUCACUCCUCCAUAUUCUGGGAUAUCACGAAAUAUCUACAUCACGAGACAGAUUAUGUAGCCUGGUAUCCUAUGUUCAAAGCUCUAGAAUAUAUGUCAAGCAUCUUUAGUAUUCCUAUCGGAGAGCUUCUCGGUAAAAGCGAAAAACUUUAUUUUGCGAGGAUGAUGAUGCAAAAUACAUUAUAUGAUAUAUUGGAGGUAAUUAAUUACACAGAAGUUUUUAAUGAAGAUGAGCAUAGAAAAUCUUUAAGGCAAGAGGCUGCAAAAUGGGCAUGUUUAUUAAAUGAAAAAAAGUGUUUAGAAGUAGCCAACAAGAAAUUAAUGCAACAUAUUAAGGAUCCUGAAAAGCAUAAAAUUUUGCCAUGGUGGAAAGACUGGACAUAUCGCAAUGGUUUGUGCGCGGUAAACUCCUCGUGGCAGGCUAUACUCCUUUGGGAAGAUUUGUAUAAUAUGUGGGCGAACAGUAUUGACACUAAAAUUCUAAGUUGCAUUCACGAUAUGGAUAUCAUCGAAAACUUUUUAAGCAAAACAGGAUAUGUGAUUGAGAAAUCGAGUCUGAAAGAUAUUUUAAGAUUGCAAGCUAUUAACAAUUUUCUUACUAUUAUUACAAAAUAUAUAACAAUCGAACAUAUACAUACACACAUAUUAAGUAAUUUUAAAAAAUUAAUACCCAGAAAAAUUAGAAUAGUAACAUUAACUGUUAUUAUUAAUCAUUUAUUUGAUGAAAAACAACUUAUCGAGUUGGAAAAUUUCGCGAAGAAUGAUCUGGGGAAACAAGAAUUGUAUUUUGAAUUUAGUGAAAAAAUAUUGUAUGAAAGACAGAAGGAACGCAAAGCAGAUCCAAUUCUGUUAAAAAUUCUCGAUAAGAUAAAAAAUCGUCGCUCCCAAAUCAAGGAUCUGCACAAAUUUGCAGACAUAUUUAUGUAUUAACGAAAUUGAUAAGUAAGAAAUCUAGAGCGCAGGCGUGUAUCAUAUCAUGUGAAUGUACGCAUAUGCACGUGUUUACCUAUUUUUAGUAUAAAAAUGUUUUCUACAUAGCUCUUAUUUAUUUGCAAUUAUGUUAUUGAUUAUUUAUAAUAUUAUUAUGAUUGUAAUCAACAAAGUGUAUUAAUGACGUAGAAGCAUUUACAAGAACAUUUUAUAAGAUUCAAUGCAUUUUUUACAUAAACAAGAAACAAUGAAACUACAUAGCUAUUUACGCAAAUAAAAAUACAAGCUUCCCAAAUUUUACAGUUAAAUCUUUAUAAAGAAUAAGUAUGUGAAUCAAGUAUUCAAAAAUCAUUAAUACAUUCAAGACUGUUUACCUAUUUUAAAUUAGAUUCUUUGUUUGCGAAAUAAAUAUACAUCUUUAAUUUAUCAAAUUUAAUAUUUUAAAUUUAAUUAAAAUGUUUUUAUAUGUUUUUAUU